AAGACAACAAGACCUCAGAUUCAUAAAUGCUGAACUGAGUGAAUAUGUGCACACACUCAUGGUUAGAUUCAUACACUGACAUCCUAACUAACGUCAAAGCAGAUAAAGUACAAGGACUAUAAACAAAAACACUGCUACACUCCUCUGUACAAACAACUUGAGUUACAAUGAUAUAUUGUCACCGAAACAAUGGUAAAGCAUCCAGAAAAAUAAACAAAAUUACAUAAAGACAUAGAGAAACAAACCAGUGAGAAAUCAGUUAUGUAUAGAGAUUCAUUUAACGUGUGUCCUCUUAGCCAGUGAAGGGUGUGUCUGCUGUUCCUUUGUACUUCACACUGGCCACUCAUAAGGGAUGCUGUUGCAUAUUGUCCUCUCCUGAUUGACUGGUAUGGGUAGGUGUCUUUGGUUGUAAGUAAGUGUAAGCCAGAAUAGUAAUGCUAAAUCCAUUAUCCGUGUAGUAGAUUUUUGAGGCUGUGUUUAUUUUUUGUGCCCUCCCCCUCUUCUUCCUCCAUGCCCUCUCCUUCCUCCCUCCACUACUCCCUUGCCCAACUGCCUCCACCCUCCAUGAAGAGAGAAAAGUGAAGAUAAAAAUGAGUUGUAACAAGAUGAGUCCUGAAAUACAAGAAGGAGAACAACAAACAAGAAUAAGAAGGAAAAAAUUGGAUAUUUAUAAGUGAAAUUUAAGGAAACUGUUAUUUUUGUACUUAUUGUGUAUAUUUAAGUAACCUGAGACUUUGUACUUAAGAUGGAACUGGAAGAAGAAGAGAGGGAGGAGGAGGAAAGGGAAAGAGGUGGAGGAGAAGGCAAAGGUGCCUCCAUUCAAAUCCUCAUCCCAGUCAUCUCCUCCUCCUCCUCCUCCUCCUCUUCCUCUUCCUCUUCCUCCUCCUCCUCCUCCUCCUCCUCCUCCUCCUCCUCCUCCUCCUCCUCCUCCUCCUCCUCCUCCUCCAGAUACAUAGGGCUCCUGUUUCCCUUCCCUUCCCUUCCUCCUUAGUGCAUUGAAUUCCUAGUCUUCCCCUUCACAGUCCUUCCUUAGGUAAUAGAUCUCCAGUCCUUCCCUUCUCUUUCCCUUCCCACAGGUGGAUAGAUGCACCUUCCCAAUCUUUCCUCCAUUCCUUCCCUUUCUUUCCUUUCCCAACACCCCUUCCCUUCCUCCUUCCCUCCCAGGCAUCUCAUCUCAAGCCAUUGAUGUAUCAGACUGGAUGUUGUCCUUUUGUUUACCGCCAUAUGUGUUGUGAUCCUUUCCCUCCUCCUCCUUUUCACUAUCUCUUCCCAUCACUCCCUUCAGCCACUUUCCCAUCCAAACUCCUCCCAUUGAUUGACCCCGUGAAUGGCGGCCUCCCUCCAUACCCCUCUCUGUACCCUUCCUUCCCUCUCGUGCCGUCCUACACACAUCCACACACACAUACGUGCUCGCACCCCCUCUCCUCUCCUCACCCCAGGCCGUGUCUCCCCUCAUUCCUUCCUUAUCUGCCUCAUCAUCCACAUACCUACUUCUAUUCCUACUUCUGUUUCUGACUACUGCUAUCACAACCUUUUUCCAAUCCAAUCCCACCCCACCCUACACUUCCCUUCCCUGCCCUGUCCCACCUGCCCUGCCCCACCCUGCCCUGCCCCGCCCCAACUGUGUGGUGAUCACCUGGACGCUGUGCUGGAUGCUCAGUAUGUUGGGUCAUCUGUUUACCCGGAUUUAAAGAAAAAAACAAAGAAAAAAAGGAAAAAAAAUGUAAAAAAUGAAAAAAAAAUUAACAAAAAACACCAGCUCCUCCUGGAUGUGUUUCUCAGUAACCCUGGGUGUCGGGGGAGCCUGUCCGCAGUGCCCUGGACCCCCGGCACCACCAGGCACCCGCCAAGACACUCCUCUGGGAGCACCGUGGAAAGCCUCACUGCAGCAGAUACAGAUUCUCCCCUUCCCGCCUCUUCAUCCCCCCCUUGCCACCUCCUGCGUGAGGUGAGCGGUGUGGCCCAGGUGGUGGUGGCACGGCGGCGACCCUGGAGCUCUCUAGCAUUCAUGUUCAGUCCUAAUAAACAAGGUGGUCAAAGCCAGGCCAUCAUUCCGCUUA